AUACUGCUACUGGUAAAAUAUGCGACAGCUAUAAACAUCGCAAAAAAGAUUUUUGCUAGGAAAUUACAAAAAAACGUAUAGUAUUUAGGAAGUAGCGAUGGCUUUCUGUCUGAGUUCGAAAAAGUCAACAAGAUUAUUGUUACUGUUUUGCCGCAAUACCGCUUAUAGCCAUCCUCUUGGAACAUCCCAUCGCCAUCUAUAUAGAAUACAAAUACCCAAACCAAAUUUCGAAAUGUUCAUAAAACCUAAAAAACAAACCUUAAAAGCUAAAACUUUGGAGUAUUCAGAACGUAAAACUCUUGAUUAUUCAAUGGAACAGCUAUACAGCGUUGUGGCUGAUGUUGAAAAUUAUAAACAUUUUGUUCCUUGGUGCUCAGAAUCUAAAAUAACUAAACGAUCGGGCAACUCUUACAAAUGCUUACUAUCUGUCGGCUUUUAUCCAUUGAGGGAAAGAUACACAUCAAUUGUAACUGUUGCAGAGCCCCACUUAGUCAAGUCAGAAUGUACUGAUGGUAAAUUGUUCAAUCAUCUAUUAACAAUAUGGCGAUUUACACCAUAUCCAAAUGAAGAGAAUAAGUGCAUUUUAGAUUUUUGGGUUACAUUUGAAUUUCGUAAUAACAUACACUCAAACUUGGCUUAUUUAUUUUUCGAUGAAGUUGUUAAGAAAAUGGCAAAUAUGUGGAUAUGGGAAAAUUCUGAUUGGCUUUACAAAGGUGUCAAUAAUACAAUAGCUGGAAAUGGUGGAAUAGAAUGCAUCAACUUUAUUCCACAUCGGCAGAAAGUUAUUGAAACGUGUAUUGUAACGGUUUUAAGUUUGGGAGAAUUAUUAUAUGCUUGCAAGAAUGUGUCCCUACCCAAACAUAUUCCACCGGUCACGAAACCGGAUUCAGCAGCCAAACGACUUAUGUUAGUUUGUAUGUGCGUUGUUUUCGGUAUGGAGUUAGGUUUCAAGUUUGCUACCAGACAAAUGCUUUGGAUUUUAAAUCCUUGUCACUUAAUUACAAUGUCUCAAAUCUGGCUACUAGCUGCACCACAAAAUAGGAUAUCAAUGGCUAUAUUCCGACUUCAUAUGCAUGGUUUAAGUGGAGCGCUCAUAGCCUUUUUAUUUCCCCUUGUUGAUUCAAGAAUGCUUCCCUUCGAAAAGGAGGUUUAUUAUAUUCAACAUGGAUUGAUGCUUCUGGUUCCAUUUUAUCUUAUGAGAACAGGAGGCAUUUAUAUGCCGGAGCCGCUAUCUGACUUCUCGUGGGCUUUUGGCACAAAAAGCUUUCUCUACCUAUAUCACUGGUUAUUGAUGCAACCUCUAUCAAUUGUAUCUCUUGUAAAUUUAAAUAAUCUAAUGUGUCCAGCUCCUAGCGAUCCGUUUUACGGUAAAGGUUACAGAAUGUGUGCUGUUCUCCAUCAGACAGCUGUUGUUCUUCUCCAUGGCAAAAUUUAUACUUUCGUAGCUAAGAAAUUAUUGCCCAAAGCAGCCAAACAAGUCAAUUUAGAUUCCCAUAAUGGCAAUAACAAUAACACUAAGACUGAUUGA